AUGUUUUCACAUUUGGCUGAGCCGACACGUGUGAAUCAUGUUUCCUGCUUGUCCUUGAACGCAAGAAGUAUUGUCAACAAGAGAGUUGAAUUGGCCAGUUGCUUAUCGUCUAUCAGUUUUGAUUUAGUCGCUGUUACUGAAACGUGGCUGGAUUCUUCAAUUAACUCAGCUGAAAUCUUCCCUAGUACGUAUCACGUGCAUCGUAAAGAUCGUAGUGGUGGAGGAGUAUUGCUAGCCUGUUCUCAGAAAAUCAGCAGCAUCAGAACAUCGGAGCUUGAAACUGAUUGUGAAAUUAUGUGGUGCAAGAUGUAA